GUAUAAUUCACCGUGAAUUAACUCGUAAUAAACCUUACAUACCACACAACAUUGAGCCGCUGAAUGAGUAACAUGGAGCUCGUAUUGAUUUGCAUCGCUUUGUUUCUUGGAGAAUCGUCGCAGCAAAUAAACUCUGAAGAACUUGAUGAUAUACUGGAUAAAUUAAUAAAUCAAAUAAAAAAUAAUGAUACCUUUGAAGUUACCAAUGCUUCAGACGAUAAGACAAUUCACAACGAAUUAAUUGACAAAUCACCCGAUGAGUCCAAAAUUAUAUAUGUUAGAGCCUAUAAUAAACCCAAUAUUGAGUUUAUACCCGACAAUGUCAGUGAUGAAUCGCAGGAAUAUCCCGCAGUUAGCGAUAAUAUCUCUCGGUUUGGUGAUUCUCAAAAUAUAUCGGAAACAAAUGAAAAUGAACCAGAGAAUAUUUUAGAGGACAUUGGAAGCUUAAGUGAUAUCGCGACUGAUAAGGAUGAAGAUCUUAAACAAUCGACAAAUAAACCCAAAAUAAUAAUAUUAAAAGAUCACAAUAAUCCAAUCCUACGUGAUGCUAAUAAUUCAAGUGACUUUAUAGCUAUACCAUUAGAUACACAAGAUACUAGGCGAAGAUUUGAUAAUUUAUCACUUCCCGACGAAGUAUUAAAUUUGAUAAAAAAUAAUAAAGAUAGAGGAAUUAUUUUAAAAGAAAUCGUUGUUGAAAUUGAACACAAUACAGAAAAUAAUACAGCUACUGAUGUAGUCGAUCAGCCAAUGACUAGUAAACCAAAGCUAAAAGAUAGUUUGGAAGAUGUCCGUAACAUCAUUAACAAUACAACACUGUCUGAUAUUACAACCGAACGCUCUGAAAAAGUAACUGUAAAAAUAUCGGCUAAGAAACGGAACCAGAAAAAACCUUCAAAAGUCACAAAUACAAAUAAAACAAAAGAUUCAAGGAAACAACAUCAAUCAGAUUCAUAUUUGACCGAUAGGACAGUACCGUUCGAGCUAAAACAAGAACAGUAUAAAGCACUGAAUCUAAAUAUUCCACAAGUUUCUGAUGUAAAUGUAAUUCCAACACCUAUAAGAAUUGAAAAUCUUGAACCUCGUACAUUCCUUUGGAGUACUGUGCCAAAAGCACGACUUUGUCAGGAAAACUGUGUUUUACGUAAGUUGUUCCCAAACAAUAAUUUGUAUCCAACGAUAAUUUCUAGAAGUCCUCAUAUUAUUCCAAAUACUCUUAUAAGUCAGUCAAUUAAGCCAAUUAUUGUAUCACCAAGAUCUCCAAAAUUGCAAAUAGACAGAGCUUUACAAAACAUGUACUCCGUGCCAACGCCUCAAAAUGGUCCCACUUACUACAUAACAGAUGUUAUGAAUAGAAUUUGGGCUAGGAAGAUCUAUCAACCAUCGUACAACAAAUUUGUUUACUUAUAAAGUACCUAAACAUAAAAAGUAUCUAUUUAAUUAUGUUUUUGCACAAUAACACAAAUUUUGGUAGUUCAUAAUCAGUCACCAGCAGCUAGUUAGUGAAGUUGUGACUCGAAAACACAAAGAAGCUAUCCACAAUUCGCAGUCUAACUAGUGAGAAGCGAGCAAACACGAUCAAACCGAAGUCCAAACUGCGCUCAAAGAUCUAGUUAGCUGCGGGGAUGACUCCACUGUUCAUUGCCACGUUUGCUGACAUGGUUAAGGAAGGUUAUACGCAGCCUACUUGCAGUGUAGAAAUAAGCUGUAAGUUGAGUAAAACCCGUUCUGAUACGAGCAGAGUCUAAAAAAUCAUACAAGUAGCUUGUACGACAAAAUCACAUUUUAUUAUUAAAAAAAAUGUUAUGCGCUGAACUUAUUAUAUAUGCUUAUUUAAUUAUUUGUAAAUGUCUAUAUAGCUCAAAUUGUUGCUGAAUUAAUUUAGCAAUUUUUUUACAUAAUUAAGAUGUCAAAAUAUAACAGACAUAAACUUGAAAAAUCUAAAAUGGAGUGUGUUAUUUAUAAACACAAUUAAGAUACUUAGGCCCUUUCUUAAAAAAAUAU